AAGCGGCUCCAGGCUCUUCUUCUCUUUAUGCAGUUUACAGAUAUUUUGGGGUUUAUUAGCGCCACCUACAGCCUGCUACUGGCUCCUGUGGUAGCAGAGACUUCAAUCAGGUAUCGGUACAUAUCCAGGUGAGCCCAGUGUUACCUGGAACAGGCGGGAAAAAUCUAAGUUUUCUCAAUAAUCUUAAUUUCCAUGUGCAGAACUUCCUGCUUGUUCUGGUUUGUUCAGAUGUAGUGGCGGCCCGGUCCGACCCGACCAGCUCCAUCUGCUCCAUGUUGCUCCGAUCUGAGGGUGUGAAGCUGGGGUCAAGGGUCAAGCUGCAACAAUGUCUGCUGUGGUCCUGAGGAAUGGACCGAGCCCGGCAGAACCAGAUACAAGCAGUUAGAAUGAGUCUUUAGCUGCAUGAUGAGCUCUGGGAGUUUCGGGGGAACCGCUCUCCUGGGAGGAACAACCGGAAUGAGAUCCAGGUGAAUUCUGGGAAAAUGGUCUGAUAGGAUCUACUGAGAACAAGGUCCAGCCUGACCUGAAACCUUCAGAUGUUCUGGCUCUUUGUUAAAACGUUGAUGAUGAGAAUCCAGAACCCGACCUGAGGACACCGUCGGCUCCGGGCCCCUCUGAGGACGGCUCCCGUUCCUGGGGACGCUGUGCACCAGGGGGACAGCAUGUCCUCACUGGGACAGACAUGUCCUGGUGUCCUGAGUUCUCUGAGUCAGCAGGAAGACGGUUAUCAGCCAUCGUUGAUGACGGAGCAGAAAGUUUCAGGAAAACAGGAUUUCCUGUUGGACUGAGGCCCAACCUGAGGCUCCUGGUGGCAGGCAGGUCCUGAACAUUCACAGCAGGGUCAAAGUUCAUCCCUGGACCCAGAACAGAGAGAAGAAACACUGGAUCAGCUCCCAGUUUGGAGCGCUGGGAUGCAGAGAGGAAACUAGAGCAGGUUGGUUUUCAGGAAGCAGGAGGAGGAGGAAGCCCUGAAAAGAGCCGCUCAGACCGGGCUGGACAGCAGACCGGGUCAGAACCAGAAGAGAUGGAGGUCCUGCUGAGUUUCCAGAUGCUGGUUCUGAUGAUGACGACGGCCGCCUCGCAGCAGAACUUCUGCUCCAACUCCACGGUGCUGAGGACGCAGACGGCCUGCCACUCCUGCUCCAUCUCCAUGUUUGUUCCGUGUCCCACUGGAUUCAGGAGAAGUCCAGGAAGCCUGACGUCCGGCUGCAAGUACCAAAUCCGGACCAGCAGCCUGCAGCUGGCCGUCAGCGGCUGCUCCUUCCAGUGCUUCCAGCAGGUGGAGGUGAAGAGCUGCUGCCCCGGAUACUGGGGUCCGGACUGCAUGGAAUGUCCUGAUCGGGCCGACGGGCCCUGCAGUGGCAGAGGGGUCUGCUCUGAUGGGCUGGGGGGGAACGGCACCUGCAGCUGCCAGGUUGGUUUUGCAGGAACGGCGUGUGAGGACUGCUCUCCUGGACGUUACGGCCCCACCUGUAGUUCAGAGUGCUCCUGUGUCCACGGUCUCUGCGGUUCUGGACUCAAAGGAGACGGUCGCUGCACCUGCUUCUCUGGGUACCGAGGUCCUCGCUGUGACCAGGAGCUCCCAGAGUGUGCGGCCCUCAGCUGCCAGCAGAACGCCCGCUGCAUGGAAGAAGCUCUGACUGGACAGCUGGUGUGCCAGUGUUUGCCUGGUUAUGAGAAAUCAGGAUCUCAGUGUUUAGCCAAGAACCCGUGUCUCCGGCCGGUCUGCCAUUCCUGGGCUUCCUGUGCCCACACUGGACCGGACCAGCACCACUGCACCUGCAACCCAGGCUACAGCGGCGACGGACAGGUCUGCAUGGCGGUCGAUCCUUGUCAGACCCAAAACGGAGGAUGUUCUGCCAGGACCACUCGCUGCAUCUAUGAUGGACCCGGAAAGUCCCACUGUGAGUGUCUACCAGGCUUUGAGACGCUGGCGGACGGCAGCUGCAACCUGAAGGACGUCUGCAAACCCGACUCCUGUCACCAGAACGCCAACUGCUCCACGGUGGAACCGGGUCGGGUCCGGUGCGCCUGUCUCCAGGGCUACAUCGGGAAUGGGAAGGUUUGCUUUGGGAACAUCAUGGAGCGUCUCAGGGAACUGAACACUCAGCCUGGGAAGGAGUGGAGCGGCCAGCUGAGCAACGCCAUCUCUCUGUUCGAUUCUCUGUCUUGGCCUCUUCAGAACUUGGGUCCGUUUACGGUUUUUGUUCCGGUGAAUCGAGGUUUCAGGGGAAACUCUGUACGGACUCUGACUGCCGACUCAUCCAAAGCUAAGUACCUGUGUAAGAUGCACCUGGUUGCUGGUUCAAUGCCGUCCUCCACUCUGGUGAAAACAGAUGUCUUCUACACGCUGUCCGGAAAGGCAGGAGAGACGGAGACGUCUGACAGGGGUGGUCAGAUCAGAAUCCGUAUCCAUGGCAGCAGGAGGCGAGGUGAGGUCAUCAAGUCGGACCUGGCAGCGUCCAACGGACUCAUCCACAUCAUCACGAAGCUGAUGGACAGCGUCCCGGCCACCGUGGAGAGCAGGCCAGAUGAGAACUUGAUGAAAAUCAUCUCUGACUAUGGCAAAUUGGAGACUUUCAAGUCCCUGCUUGAGCAAGCUGACCUGGCCUCUGUGAUGGACCUCCCUCAACCAGUCACGGUCUUCACUCCAACUACUGAAGCUUUUAACGGCAUGAAGGAGGGUCACCUGCAGUUCCUCCGCAGUGCAGAGGGUCGCAGCAAGCUGACAGAGUUCCUCCGGAACCACAUCAUCCCGUCCACCUCGCUGGAGGUCUACAACAUUGUGUCCAGCCCCACCGUUGUGACAAUGGCCAACCAGGUCCUGGUCAUCAACGUAACAGAAAACGGUCAGAUUCUGGUCAACGGAGCGGCCGUUCUGGAGGCAGCCGUGGAGGCCAAGAAUGGACGGCUGUACGUGAUGAACGGAGUCCUGACUCCACCCUCCAUCCAACCUUUGCUGCCUCACAGGUGUGACAUCACAGAGACCAAGAUUAUAAAGGGUGAAUGUGUCAGCUGCACCAAGGUCCACCUGUUCCAGUGCUCAUCAGGAGUCUACACGGGCACCUCCAACCUCGGGUGUCUUUACACCCUCUCCUUUGACAAAUCUCCCAUCAGGGUCCCAUCCAGAGGUUGCGCACCACUCUGCAACGCCAAUGUAACGACUCCAGCCUGCUGUAAAGGUUUCUACGGUCCGGACUGCGCUCCCUGUCCAGGUGGCUUUAACACACCCUGCUCCGGACAUGGCCAGUGUAUGGAGGGCAUCAGAGGAAACGGGUCGUGUAUCUGUGAACCCAACUUCAGAGGCUCUCGCUGUCAGUACUGCUCCUCCUUCAACAAAUAUGGUCCAAACUGCGACAGAACUUGUCCCUGCGUCCGUGGACAGUGUGACAACCGUCCAGACUCAGAUGGACGAUGUAAGCUGGACUCUUGUCUUCGAGGUUUCACGGGUCGGUUCUGUGAGCGACAGACAUCUGUCUGUGGAGGCCUGGCCCAGUUCUGCCAUGCCCAUGCUGACUGUGACUUCACUGAUGGAUCACCCAGGUGUGUUUGUAAAGCUGGUUUCCAAGGCGAUGGGAUCACCUGUGUGGAGUCGGACCCCUGUGCUCCGCCUCUCCGAGGCGGCUGCAGUGUGAACGCAAAAUGUAUAAAGACAGGCCCAGGUACUCACAGCUGCCAGUGUCUGACUGGCUGGACAGAGGACGGAAACGAGUGUCAGCCCAUAAACAACUGUGAUGGUCCUGAUGGGGGAGGCUGCCACCCAAACGCCUCCUGCAUCUACAUUGGACCUGGACAGAGUGACUGUGCCUGUAAGGCCGGCUACCAGGGGAACGGACUCGCCUGUGAGGCUGUCAACCAGUGUGUGACGGCUAACGGAGGCUGCCACUUCAGGGCCAGCUGUCUCCUGCUGUCCUCACAGUGGACAUGUGUCUGUGACCAUGGGUAUGUUGGAGACGGACUCCUGUGCUACGGUACCAUCGACCAGGAGCUGAUGGUUCUGCAGAACGCCUCAGACUUCUUCCGCUGGACCACGGACUCCGGCCUGUCUCGCUCUUUAUCGGAUCAGAACCUGACCCUCCUGGUACCAACGUCCGCUGCCGUCGCUCAGAUGUCCCCAGAGGACAGGAGCUUCUGGACAAUGAAGGGAAACCUGCCAAGCCUCAUCAGAAACCACGUCCUGCCUGGCGUCUUGUCCUCCUCCACACUGAGGAACAUCUCAUCAGUGACCUCUCUGCUGACCUCAUCGCUUCCUGUUUCAACCAGCCAGCAGAUCACAUCAGUAGGAGGAGCAACCAUCAUCGCUGCAGACGGCGCUGCCACCAACGGCCUGAUCCAUUUUAUUAACAAGGUUCUGGUUCCUGACAGGAAGCUGAGCGAAGGCCUGCUGGCCGUGCUCGCUCUGAGGCCAGAGUUCUCGCUCUUCCGAUCCUACCUCAUCGAGUACAACCUGACGAAGGAGAUCGAGCGAGCCGAGGAGUUCACCGUGUUCGCCCCAACAGACUCUGCCAUCACACAAUACCUCCAGCAGGUGGCAGCACCUGUCUUGGAUAUCAACAUGACCCGUUAUCAUGUGGUUCUGGCGGAGCGCCUGCUAAAGACGGACCUUCAGCCUGGAGGAUACAGGGAGACGCUCCUCGGAUUCCCCUUCCAGAUCGGGAUCUACCCUCGAGACGGAAAGCUGUUUGUGAACGAUGCUCAGAUCAACUCCUCCAACCUGCUGUGUGGUAAAGGAGUGAUUCACGGUCUGUCAGCGGUUCUUCACAUCAACAGAAACCGCUGCGACAAACUGACGUACAGUAAAGUAAAGGGAUCAUGUGGAAACUGUUUACUGCCCAAAAACCAAAAGUGUCCCAGUGGCACCGACCAUGAUAAAUCAGUGAGGAUGAGGAGCUGCCUGUACAGACACAGCAUGGAAGGAGAAUCCCACAUGACCAUCGGCUGCAUAGCGACCUGCCUCCGGAAGAACAUCGAGCGCCGGUGCUGUGAAGGGUUUUUCGGAGAGCACUGUGAGCCUUGUCCGGGUCCGAAGGGGCAGGCCUGUUUCGGUAAUGGACUGUGCUCAGACGGGGUCAACGGCACCGGAGUCUGUCAGUGCAACAAGGACUUCCAUGGGACGGCCUGUGAAUCCUGUCGGAGCGGAAAAUACGGAGUUCACUGUGAUCAAGGCUGCCAGUGUAAGAACGGACUCUGUGAAGAGGGACUGAACGGAGACGGGACCUGCCAGUGUGACGUCGGCUGGAGAGGCGUUCACUGUGAAGAGAAAAUCGAAUCCAAAGCUGAUGAGCUGUGUGGUUCUGUGAAAUGUCAUAGCAGCGCAAACUGUGCGGUUCAAACAUCUGGAUCUCGGUGUCUGUGUGCUGCUGGGUUUGAGGGAAAUGGGACGUUCUGUAAAGCUGCAGACCCAUGUCUGGUGAAGAACGGCGGCUGCAGUCCGUAUGGGGUUUGUAAACGGACCCGACCCGGCAGCAGAGACUGUGUCUGUGGGCGCGGCUACGCUGGAGACGGGUUUGUGUGUGUGGAGAUCAAUCCAUGUCUGGAGGGGAAUGGAGGAUGCCAUGCUAAAGCGGAGUGUAUCCAUGUUGGACCAAACAAAACUUCCUGUGUCUGCAGCAAAGGUUACUCAGGUGAUGGACAGAACUGCACCAUUGUCAACUUGUGUGCAAAGAAAAAUGGCGGCUGCCACCAGUUUGCCCGGUGCAACAUGACAGGACCCAGCAUUCGGUCCUGCACCUGCUAUGAAAACUUUGUUGGAAAUGGUUUCAAGUGCAAAAGCACCUUGGAGAGGGAGCUGAGGUACAAAGGGUCCAUCAACUUUUACUUCAGUUUGGUGAUGAUGGAGAUUAUCCUGAAAGGUCGUGGUCCCUUCACUGUCUUUGCUCCAAAUGAAGAGUCCACCAUGUCUAACAACAGCUUGCUGAGUGAUCUGAAGGAAAGCUACAUUGUGAAACACAGAGAAACUUUCGCCAACGUGCUGCGCGGCCACAUCGUCAUGUGUCACACUUUGCUGCCCGACAACCUGAACCAAACCCGAAACCUGACCAGUUUGUCCGGACUCGUCCUCACCACUCGCUCCACCCAGGGUAAAAUCACCAUCAACGAGGCUAAUUUGACCAACAGCGACGACGUCAGCGUUAACGGCAUCAUCCAUGAAAUUGACUCCAUUCUGUUACCUCCCAACCUCAACAGAGACAAUAUGCUCAUCCCGAAUCCCACAGAGCUGAACCUGACAGACGUGGCUGAAAGACAUGGUUAUAAAACCUUCUACAAGCUUCUGAAGGUAAAACUCUACCACAGAGUCCAUCUGAUCUCUGGACGCAGCUGGACCCAGCUGGACCCAGCUGGACCCCAGGAGGUCCAGGACACAGGAGUGAUGGACCUGAUGGACAAUGUGAUUUUCCAGCCAGUGACAAUCUUCCUGCCAUCUGAUGAUGUCAUGGCCUCUCUGCCACAGCAGCAGAAGGACUACUUGUUCCAUCAGCAAAAUCGACCACAGCUGCAGGAGUACCUGAAGUAUCACGUCAUGAUAAGCCAGAAGGUUUAUGCAGAAGGGUUGAUCUACCUGGAAUCCGGUCGGACUCUGCAGGGUUCAGCUCUCUCUUUCUCCUGCGGCGGUCCGGAUAAAAUUGGAGAAAUCUACGUUAAUGAUGGAUCAUGUCGGAUCACCGAGAGGCAUCUGGUGUUCAGAGCUGGGAUUGCGUAUGGAAUAGACUGUCUGCUGAUCCCACCCAGCCUCGGGGGGCGCUGUGACGAGCAGACGGUGUUAGAUCUCAAGAUGAACUGUGGUCCAUGCACAAGAACUGCUACUGUCUGUCCCAGAGGAACCGUGAAAAAGGAAGUUGAGAACUGUGAUCUUCCAACCUUGUUCGUCAGUAAAAACUCUGGCUGUCAGCCCACCUGUACCAUCAACUUCUGGCAUCCAAAGUGUUGUUCUGGUUUCUAUGGGAGAGACUGUCUGGUGUGUCCUGGAGGAGUCCACUCCCCCUGCAGUCACCGAGGUCAAUGCGAUGAUGGUCACCUUGGUAGCGGCACCUGUACCUGUGACCCAGGUUUUAAGGGCACGGCCUGCGAGAUGUGCAGCGACGGGUUCUACAGUCCGAGUUGUAAAGCCUGCAACUGUUCGGAUCAGGGGUCAUGUGACGACGGGCUCCGGGGGACGGGUUUGUGCUUCUGUGAGGAAGGGUGGACCGGAGUACGAUGUGACAUUCAGCAAACUGAGGUCUUCCACUGCUCUCCGCCCUGCUCUCCAAAGGCCGUCUGUCAGGAAAACAACACCUGCGUCUGUCGACCAUUCCACGUAGGAGACGGACUCACCUGCACAGUGGUGGACCUGUGUAAGAUCUGGAAUGGUGGUUGUGCCAAAGAAGCUAAAUGUUCUCAGAGAGAGGAGAAGGUGAGCUGCACGUGUCCUCAGAGCCACUCUGGAGACGGCGUCACCUGUCUACCUGUGGACCCCUGUGCCAGCGGGGACAACGGCGGCUGCAGCGAGCACGCCACCUGCACCAUGACGGCUCCAGGGAAGAAAAGGUGCACCUGUAAGGACGACUACAUUGGAGACGGAGUUAGCUGUGAACUCAGACAGCUGCCAAUCAGCCGCUGUCUCCUGGACAAUGGAGGCUGCCAUCCAGACGCUAAAUGUACCGACCUCCACUUUGAAGAUGCAACGCUGGGCGUGUUCCACUACUGGUCACCUAAAGGUCGGUACAAGCUGGACUACACCGCAGCUCAGCAGGGCUGCAGGGCAGAGGGAGCCACCCUAGCAAACUACACUCAGCUGUCCUAUGCUCAGCAGGGUGGACUGAACAUGUGUGCUGCUGGCUGGUUGGACCAAGCCCGGGUCGCCUACCCCACCACCUACUCCAAUCCCAACUGUGGCUUUGGACACGUGGGCAUUGUGGACUACGGCACCCGGAAAAACCUGAGUGAGACCUGGGAUGCCUUCUGCUACCGGAUGAAGGAGGUGCAGUGUGUCUGUAAACCAGGUUACAUUGGCGAUGGACUCAGCUGUACAGGAAACCUGCUGCAGGUCCUCAGGUCCACCCCCACCUUCUCCAACUUCCUGAUUCAAAUCAUGAACUAUUCUGAGGUGUCCGACUCUGGAAGGAGGUUUGUGAAGAGCCUCGGUAACCUGGACGUCCAGUCCACCCUGUUUGUCCCGGAGAACAGCGGUCUGCCGGAGAACCUGACCCUUUCCCCGCGGGACAUCGAGUCCCACCUGUCUGAGGGUCAGGCUCUUCCUCUGAGCCAACUGAGGAACAACAGCCGGAUCAGGACUCGAGCUGGCAGUCUGUCUGUCCUUGGGGUUGCCGACCUGCUCAACCCUUCAGCUCUGGCUUCCUGUUUCAUCAACGACCGCUUCGUCACCGACUCCGACAUUCGUGCUUCUAACGGGAUCAUCCACGUCCUCCAGGGGCCUCUGGAAGCUCCUCCUCCCCAUCCAGAUAUGCAUUCAGCCCACCAGGCUGGGAUGGGAGUGGGCCUGGUUCUCCUGAUCCUUCUGGUGGUGGGAGCCAUCUUUGUUGGAUACCGGUUCUACCACCACAGCAGCAAACCCUUCCAGUUCCACUACUUCAAGGAGGACGACGACGGAGAAGAAGAACCUGCAGCUGAAACCACAAACUACAGCCGCAGCAUCUCUAACCCGGUCUAUGAAGCAGGUCCAGAACCAGCAGGUCCAGAACCGAGCCAGUCCAAUGGAUCCGGAGCCCCUGGGAGUCCAGAGCCGUCUGUCCAGGUGGAGGACAGCUGAACCUGGACCCGGCCUGCUGGGUCAGAACCACUCCUACAGCCAUCAGAGACCCUGAAGGGUGGAGUCCUAAACCUGGACGCCUUCAGGAACCAGCUGAAGCUCAGAUGUAAAAGUUCUACAGUGUUCUGGUUCUGAUGGAGUUCUGGAAAAGAGAAUAAAGUAUCAACAAGCUGAUCUGA